AUUCCUGGAAACAUCUAGGACAAUCCUAGGUUACCUGGACUUGUUCGUAUCUGUGUUUAACAAGUGAAAUAUAAGACUCUAUUAAUACUUAACUACCGCCAUCUAGCGAAAUCUUAUAAUGUUCAGCCUAGUCUCGCUACUCGCCGCUGCGGCGCUAAUAUCGCUGCAAUCUGUCCACAUAUACGCACAGAUUGAAGGGAAACUAGAAAUGGAUAACAAUUUAUUACCAAAUGAUAUUCCUCCUCCGAGACGUCGCGUCGUACAGAAAUACGUAAAGAUAACAUCUCAUCCCCCCGAGACAGUCAGACACAUGCCGGGGUCUACUCUGGUGUUAGAAUGCGAGGUGAUGGGCAAUCCUGCUCCAAUGUCAGGCUGGAUGAAGAACGGCAUACCGAUAUCUGAUUUCGAAGAAGACGUCAACGAGAUAUUUUCGCCACCCACAUUCAGCGUUGCGCGAAUGACAAGCAAACUCGUGGUGCGUUCGCCAUCCAAUGGUGAUGUUUACACGUGUGUUGCUACCGCUGGCCUGAGGGAAACCAGUGCUUCUACUACUGUUAUUGUUGAAGGCGAACAGUCCGAUCUUCUCUCUCCCUUGAUUCCAACUAAACCUGUUAUCACUGCAUUCUACAACGACAUAUUUCAGUUAAUGGGUACUAGCGCGACACUGCCUUGCCGGGUGUACAGCCCAACCAAGGCCCAAGUGUACUGGAUUGAUAACAACAGUAAACUUAUUUACGGAAACAGCAGACUCAGGGUGCUCCCAUCCGGCGAUUUACAUAUAAAAGGUCUAUCGUGGGCUGACAUGGGAAGCUACACGUGUUCCGCUAAGAACGCGUAUGGCAAGGACGUCGCUGAGACCUUCCUCUAUCCUGUUAAGUCUUAAACAGAAGAAUUGAAUGAUUGCGAUCGACCAACUAAGUUACCCGCCGAUGAUUACGCGAUGUUCCUACAUUAUAUAUUUAUUAUUAAUAACUUAUUUUUAGAGUAAGGAAUAUGUGUUAUUACGUGCUCACGAGAAGUAUUUUGUCAAAGGCAUUCAGCGUACUUAAUAUUGAAAAAGAUUUUUUUAUUGUAUUUCUUUAUUAAUUAAUACAUGUUAAUUAUUUAGCAAAUUAAACAAAUCGGUGAUCAUAUGAUACUAAAUUAUCUAAAUGUAAACGUCGAUAUUAAGGCAAUUUGUAUUUAUUCCGUUAAUAUUAACUCAGCUAUUACAUAACAGAUGGCGCUAGUAGAGCGUGAAAUAUCAUGAAAUUAUUAAUUUAUCUUCGAAU